AUGCCUCACGCGGAUUCUUCCUAUUUCCUGCCCGGCCAGUCCAAGGCUGAGGUCUACACACAGGUCCUCGAACAGGCACAGGGUCUGCUGCACGGCCAGCGCAAUUGGGUUCACACAUCACCGAACUUCAAGCUGUUACACCCAAACUCACCCUCGUCAAGCAACCUCUCCAACGUCUCCUCCCUCCUCUGGCACGCCUUCGCCGCUCUCCCCGCUCCCUCUUCCUCGGUCAACUGGGCCGGCUUCUACAUCCGCGAUGACAAGUUUCCGGUCCUCGCCUCUCCUAUCUCCUCGCCCCCCUUGAGUGCCGAAGACCAAGUCCUCCUCCUGGGUCCUUUCCACGGCAAACCUGCUUGCCAGGAGAUCCGCUUCGGCAAAGGCGUCUGCGGCACGGCGGCCGCUAAUAAGAAAACCCUGAUUGUGCCGGAUGUCCUGGAGUUCCCCGGCCACAUCGCCUGCGACGCAGAAAGCCGAAGUGAGAUCGUUGUGCCUAUUCUUGUUCGCGGCGAGACUGUCGCCAUUAUCGAUAUUGAUUGCGUGGAGCCUUCGGGCUUCGACGAGGAAGAUCAGAAGUACCUCGAGCAGCUGGCGGCUAUCCUGGCCGAUAGCUGUGAUUGGUGA